AUGACCGUGACGCUGGUGCACGCCGAAACGUUCGAAAAGAUCUUGGACUUGAUUGAACGCGACAAGAGUGCGCUUAUUCCCGGGACGGAAGUCGUGGAAAUCGCGCUCCCCGACGUGGAAAAGAUGAAGCACGAGAUCAAGAUGAAAGGCACCGAGCAGUUGGGCAAGCGCAAACGAGCUGUUGGGCAGCUAGGCCGAUACUUGCAAACCAGGUUCGAACUCGAGCGCUACUUUUGGACGAAGGCUGACAAAGCAAUGUCGUACGAGUCGUUUCUGAGCGUGCUGGUGACCGCGCUUCGCAAAUUUACGCAUGACUUGGCGAAGUCGUUUGCUCGACUGGAUGUCAACAGCAGCGCAUUUGGUUCCAUCUCUUCUCAUGAUGAAAUGAUUGAAUCAUUCAAGACGGACAAGCUUUUUGAUUCCGGGGAGAAUCUCGCGACCACGCCGUUCGCCACGCCCGAAAGGCAGCCACGGCAACUUGUGGUCCGCCGUCGAACGUUCGGGUCCGAACUUGAUUUCGAAAAAGUGUGA